AUGGCUACUCCUAUCACCUCACGGACGGAGACUCUCCAGAAGUAUCUCAAGCUUGAUCAGAAGGGUAUGAUCAUGGCUGAGUACGUCUGGGUUGAUGCCGAUGGUGGCACUCGUUCCAAGUCUCGCACAUUGCCCGAGAAGGAAUAUAAGCCCGAGGAUCUUCCCGUUUGGAACUUCGAUGGUUCUUCCACUAACCAGGCCCCUGGUGACAAUUCCGAUGUCUACCUCCGUCCCUGCGCCGUCUACCCUGAUCCCUUCCGCGGCUCUCCCAACAUCAUUGUUCUUGCUGAGUGCUGGAACGCCGAUGGCACUCCCAACAAAUACAACUUCCGUCACGAUUGCGUGAAGGUCAUGGACACCUACGCCGACGACGAGCCUUGGUUUGGCCUCGAGCAGGAGUAUACCCUUCUCGGCUCUGACAACCGACCCUAUGGCUGGCCCGCCGGUGGUUUCCCUGCUCCCCAAGGCGAGUACUACUGUGGUGUGGGCACUGGAAAGGUUGUCCAGCGCGAUAUCGUCGAGGCCCAUUACAAAGCCUGUUUGUAUGCCGGCAUCCAGAUAUCUGGAACGAACGCCGAGGUCAUGCCUGCUCAAUGGGAAUAUCAGGUCGGCCCCUGCACUGGCAUUGAAAUGGGCGACCAGCUUUGGGUUUCACGAUUUUUCUUGCACCGCGUCGCUGAGGAAUUCGGCGCAAAGGUUUCAUUACAUCCUAAGCCAAUCCAAGGUGAUUGGAAUGGGGCUGGUUUGCACUCCAACUUCUCCACGAAGGCUAUGCGCGAGGAGGGUGGUAUGAAGGUCAUCGAAGAGGCUCUGAAGAAGCUCGAGCCCCACCAUGUUGAGUGUAUUGCUGAGUACGGAGAGGACAACGAACUGCGGUUGACCGGCCGUCACGAGACGGGAUCUAUCGACAGCUUCUCUUGGGGCGUAGCCAACCGUGGCACAAGUAUUCGCGUACCCCGCGAAACUGCGGCCAAGGGCUAUGGCUACUUCGAAGAUCGUCGCCCUGCUUCUAACGCUGACCCCUACCGUGUUACCAAGGUUCUUCUUCAAUUUUCCAUGGCUUAG